AUGGCCGCACCCACCGCUGAAGAGAUCCGUGCUCAGUCUUACGUCGGUUUCGACACCAUCACACAGCAGAUUGAGCAUAAGCUCUUGAAGCGCGGUUUCCAGUUCAAUGUCAUCGUCGUUGGUCAAACUGGGUUGGGAAAGUCGACCAUGAUUAACACCAUUUUCGCGUCGCACUUGAUUGAUUCCAAGGGGAGGAAGGAGGCGGACGAGCCGGUCAGACAGACCACGGAGAUCCAGGCUGUCUCUCAUGUCAUCGUCGAGAACAACGUCAAGCUGCGGUUGAACAUCGUCGACACACCUGGGUACGGCGACCAGGUCAACAACGAGGACUGCUGGGAUCCCAUUAUCAAGUACAUUAAGGACCAGCACAGCGCCUACCUCCGCAAGGAGCUCACGGCCAUGCGCGACCGCCACAUCCAGGACACGCGUAUUCACUGCUGCCUGUACUUCAUCAACCCAACCGGCCACUCGCUCCGCCCGAUUGAUGUUAUUGUCAUGAAGAAGCUCAGCGAGGUCGUGAACGUUGUGCCUAUCAUUGCCAAGUCCGACUCGUUGACGCUCGAGGAGCGGGAGAUCUUCAAGCAGAGGAUCAGGGAGGAGCUUGUCUACAACAAUAUCCGCCUGUAUCCCUUCGACACGGAGGAGAACGACGAGGAAGAGAUCCAGAUUAACGAGCAGAUCAGGAGUAUGAUCCCUUUCGCUGUCGUCGGCUCGGAGCGCAACGUUAUUAUUGACGGCAAGACCGUCCGUGGCCGGAAGAACCGGUGGGGUGUUGUUAAUGUGGAGGACCCGAACCACUGCGAAUUCGUCCAUCUCAGGGAUUUCCUGACGAGGACUCACCUGCAGGAUCUCAUUGAGACCACUGCACAGAUCCACUACGAGGCCUUCCGAUCAAAACAACUGCUCGCGCUCAAGGAUCAGGCGAACCCUCGUCCUGCUCCCGCACAGACUCCCAGCGUUAUGUCCUAA